AUUUUAUAAAGUUAUUGCAACUAACAAAAUUGAAUAAAUAUUAAAUGUACAGCUGGGGGAAGUACUGUAGAUUCAAAUAUUCGUUUUAUAUAGAAAAAUAUAUGUAUUAUUGACAUAGCAUGUGUGUAUGUAUCUGUGUAAGUAAAAGUAGGUGUGGUGUUUGUUUGUCUCUGUACAAUGUAAUGAAGACAGAUAUAUUAUCUGAGUACAAAAGAUUGAGGUCACUUGAGAUGCAGAUUAAAUACCCAAAUAAAUAGAACAGAGGAGACUGUCAUAACUUUCAUCUCAAGAACUUCAAUCAAGAAUUACAAUUGAAUUGAUCAGAAAUUAGAUGUGUAGUGGUAACUGGAUGGUGGUAGUGGGUUUACUGUGUGCUAUGAAUGUGUAUGUUUGGAAAUGUGUAGUGGUAACUGGAUGGUGGUAAUGGGUUUACUGUGUGCUAUGAAUGUGUAUGUUUGGAAAUGUGUAGUGGUAGCUGGAUGGUGGUAAUGGGUUUUAUCUAUGCUACUAAUGUGUAUGUUUGGGUAUGUGUAGUGGUAAAUGGAUGGUGGUAGUGGGUUUUCUCUGCGCUACUAAUGUGUAGUGGUAACUGGAUGAUGAUAGUGUGUUUUAUCUAUGCUACUAAUGUGUAUGUUUGGAAAUGUGUAGUGGUAACUGGAUGGUUGUAGUGGGUUUAUGCUACUAAUGUGUAUGUAUGUGUAGUGGUAACUGGAUGUUGAUAGUGGGUUUUCUCUGCGCUACUAAUGUGUAGUGGUAACUGGAUGGUGAUAGUGUGUUUUAUCUAUGCUACUAAUGUGUAUGUUUGGAAAUGUGUAGUGGUAACUGGAUGGUUGUAGUGGGUUUUCUCUGCGCUACCAAUGUGUAGUGGUAACUGGAUGGUGAUAGUGGGUUUUCUCUGUGCUACUAAUGUGAAGUGGUAACUGGAUGGUGGUAGUGGGUUUUCUCUGUGCUACUAAUGUGUAUGUUUGGGUAUGAGUGGUGAUAACUGGAUGGUGAUAGUGUGCUUUAUGCUACUAAUGUUUAUGUUUGGGUAUGUGUAGUGUUAGUAAAAGUAGUUGAUAGUGUGCUUUAUUCUACUAAUGUGUAUGUUUGGGUAUGUGUAGUGUUAGUAAAGGUAGUUGAUAGUGUGCUUUAUUCUACUAAUGUGUAUGUUUGGGUAUGUGUAGUGUUAGUAAAGGUAGUUGAUAGUGUGCUUUAUGCUACUAAUGUGUAUGUUUGGGUAUGUGUAGUGUUAGUAAAGGUAGUUGAUAGUGUGCUUUAUUCUACUAAUGUGUAUGUUUGGGUAUGUGUAGUGUUAGUAAAGGUAGUUGAUAGUGUGCUUUAUUCUACUAAUGUGUAUGUUUGGGUAUGUGUAGUGUUAGUAAAGGUAGUUGAUAGUCUGCCCCUGUAAUAUUGAAUGGAAACUAGUAUGCAAUGAAUUCAGUAUUAAACACAUUACAUCUUGUAACGUGAUGUGUAACUUUGAGCUAUUCAGUUUUUAUUAUAGAAUAGAAUGAAUAAAAUUAUUUGCAUUGUGAGAGCUGGACUAAGUGCAUAAAAUGAGUUUGUGUAAGCCUAAAAAAAAAGUCUUAAAUUUUGUUUCUCCCAUGCAAGUAAAAGAUUUUCCUUCCUCCAUUUUUUCACUUUUAAAUGGACUUAACUAACAAGCCUAGUUCAAGUGUCUGAUUUUGAGUAGACAUUUGUUUAAUAGUAGUUUUAAUUUCAUCAUAAUACUUCUUUCAGUCUUAAAACUUAAUUAGCUAGAAUCUUAACUAUUUAAAGGUAAAUUUGCUGUUUUAAUCCCUGAAAGUAAUAACAGUAAAGCUCAUCAGUAAUUUAGAAAGAAAAACUUGUUACAAUUGAAUGUUUAAUAUUUCUCUAGUGCAGGGCUGAGUUUUAGUUCCUUAAUGUGACAUUUACUUAUCCAUCCAUAACAAAAUAAUUUGUUGAAUAUCUGAUAUUUAACCAUUUCUUGACAGUAAGACAUGGAGGUGGUGAAGAUAAAAGUUGAACCACUUUCUGAUGAGGAACAGAAUAGUGUGUUGGGAGUCAAGCUAGAAGAAAAAAAUAUUAAAAGUGCACUUAGAGAAGCUGCUGUAUUAAAAGCAGAGUCUUCAGAUUGUAUACUUCACUUUGAACCAGUAGGAGAAGCUGCUGUAUUAAAAGCAGGGUCUUCAGAUUGUAUACUUCACUUUGAACCAGUAGGAGAAGCUGCUGUAUUAAAAGCAGGGUCUUCAGAUUGUAUACUUCACUUUGAAGUAAAAAAAGAGGAAAUAGAAGAAAGAUUUGAAGUAAUAGAGGAAAUUGAGAACACGGUUACUAUAGCAAAAAUUGAGCCACUCCAUGAAUUAUUAUAUCAUGAUGAUGUGUCUGUGAAGAAAGAAAAGGUGGAACUUAAAGAAGAGUUUCAAAAAAUUGACUCAGGAUUAGAAGUUGUAUAUGAUACCAAGACUUAUGUAAACAACAUUUGUGGAAAACACUGUUCUGAUAAUUUUACUUCAACACAAGAAGGUUCAUCUGAAAGUACUAAACACAUGGUAACCCAGCUUAAUUCUUCAAAAUAUGAACAUGUUGGUGUUUGUAGAAACUUUUACAGCUGUGACUUGUGUGGGAAAACAUUUAAAAAGAUGUUAUAUUUAAAACAUCAUCUUAGAAAUCAUCCUUCAGAAACGUUACUCAGUUGUCAUGUGUGUGGACAAAUUUGUAAAACAGAAUAUAUUUUAAAACUACAUAUGAUGAUACACACGGGGGAAAAACCCUAUGGUUGUGAUGUUUGUUUCAAAAAAUUUACUAGAGAAUCUUAUGUGAAAGUCCAUAAGAUGACCCAUACUGGAGAAAAGCCGUACGCAUGUGAUGUAUGUGGUCUAAAAACUGCAAGAAAAGAUUCCUUAAAACUUCAUAAAAAGAUCCAUAAUGAAGACAAGUCACACACUUGUGGUGUAUGUGGUAAAGGUUUUACAUACAAUUCAAAACUUAUAAUUCAUCAGAUGCUGCACAAAAAAAAGAAACCUUUUAAUUGUGACGUUUGUGGCAGCACAUUUGAAGUUAAAGUGCAGUUAAGACGCCAUAUUGUAAUCCAUACUGGUGAAAAGCUACACAUUUGUGAUGUAUGUGGUAAAACAUUUACUGGGAAAGAUCACUUACAAGAUCACACAAUGGUACACACUGGAGAGAGGCCACACAUGUGUGAUGUAUGUGGCAAAACAUUUAGAAGAAAAAAAUACUUACAAAACCAUAAAAUAAUCCACACUGGAGAGAAACCACACAUCUGUCAGGUAUGUGGUAAAACAUUUUCAAAGAAACAUCGGUUAAAUAAGCACGAGAUGACCCACAUUGGUAAGAUCUACAGUUGUGAUGUUUGUGACAAAUCGUUUCAAAAAAUUUCAACUCUAGAGAAUCAUCUAAAUAAUCACAUAAAGAAAAUAUAUGUUUGUAAUGUGUGUGGUAAAUCAUUUGAAAAGUUUCUAGAUUUAAGACAGCAUGUUUUAAUCCACACUGGAGGGAAACCUUACAGUUGUGAUGUUUGUGGUAAGUCAUUUAAAAGGAAGGAUAAACUUGAAAUCCAUGAGAGGGUCCACACUGGAGAAAGGCCAUUUGUUUGUGAUGUGUGUCAAAAAGCUUGUAUAACAAUACAUAGAUUAAAAGAACAUCUAAGGACUCAUACUGGAGAGAAACCGUACAGCUGUAGAGUCUGUGGUAAAAUGUUUGUUCAUUCUUCAUCUCGUAAUAAGCACCAGCGUACCCACAGUAAAAUAAAAGUGUAACUUAUUUGGACAACCA